AUGGCCUUCUGGGUGGUCGGCGGGGGAAAUCCGCUUGGUGACGCUGCCGCCUCCUCAUCCUCCACUCCUGCUGGUCAGGUGGCAGCGGCUUACAUCAAGCGCGGCAGCUACUCGAGCAGCUAUUCGAGCAGCAGCCGCAUUGGAGGCGGCCGCAGCAGCAAACGACGGGUUGUCUAUGCCGACGGGAGCGCUGCCACCUCCGCCUGCAGCGACGCAGGCUGCUAUGGCAUCACCAAGCGGCCGCGCCUGGACGACUGGGGCCGCGUGAUCGGCUACCAUGGCAAGGGCCAUCAUGCUGCCGGCUGCGAGUUUGAGCAUUCCGGCGGCGAUCCUGGCCCUUCAGCUCCCUCGACAGCAGAUGGAUCUGGAUCUGGCUCCGUCCAUGUCAAGAACCUCGCUUUUCUGGUGAUCCGAGAGCGGGAGCCGUCUCCGCCGCCGACGCCGCCCCCACCGUCGGGCCUGUCGCCGGACCACCGGGGCGGGUUCCCACCUCCACCACAUCUAGCACCCGGCAUUGGCUUCGGUCCAUCGUCGUUUGGCUCGGCGGCCCCGAUGGAGCGUACGCAGUCUGGUCUGUCCAUAUCGUCCGACACGUCUGCCGUGGACUCCCCGUGUGUCCAGGGGGGCGACUGCGAGCAUCAUGAUCACCCGCCGUUUCUCAGUGAUCUCGCUGCUGCCCGACUCGUGCGAAAGCAUGUGGCUGAUAUUCGCCGGUGGAAGCAUCGUGACUCACAACAUGGCCGCAUUCUCAAAGCCUUAAUCAACCCCAAGUCUAAGGCGGCAGAUUUCCCGCUCGACAACGACGCCCUGCGGAGCAUCUUCUCUGCCGCAAACGAGCUCUUCUUCGCCAACAGGCUGUCACAAAGGGUUACAUGGGAUUGGAGCCACCCGGCCAGCCCGCAGUACGAGAGCCAUAUUGUCGGCACGACCGCUCUACGCCGAAGCAUUCGUCUAGGAGGAUACGAGACGCUCAUCGUUUUAUCAUCGCCAAUCCUCAAAGACACCAAAUACAAUCGCCGCCUUCUCAUCUCCACCUUCUUACACGAAAUGAUUCACAGCUUCUUGUUCAUCACGUGUGGCAUCAAAGCCCGACACCAUGGCGGCCACACAGAGGGUUUCCGCCAGAUUGCUGAGAUAAUCGACGACUGGGUUGGAAAAGAACACCUUCGGCUGCGUGAUAUGGAGGCUGACCUUGAGCGUUUCAUCCAUGAGGAUGAGGCAGUGCCUCCUACAGUGGGCUAUGCCACGAUGGACGGCGGCUCAGCACACACGACCCAUUAUCAUUAUUACGACAAUAGCAACAACAACAACCCUACCCCGAUGUGGCCCGUCUCUGAAUGGCAUCACGUCGAUAACCAAGACUAUCGAACUAUCGAAGCCCCUCAGCCCUAUAAAAGAUAUCCCAGCAACAAUGAUGAGUGGGAGUGGCAUGAUAGGGAAGGGUUCCCGGCCCACGACGCCUACGACAUCCCUUUACGCCACCACUAA